UGAGGAGAGCUGUGUUUUUUUUUUUAGCAGAGGAAUGGGAACUGACUCCCCCUUUUUGUUGGCUGCAGUGUCUCUUCUGUCUGCACUGCAAAUGGGCUACCUGGCUCGGCGGGUUGGAUUGUCCAGGAUGGCCUAUAAGGUCCUUCCUCCCUCUGUCACUGGUCCUCCAGAGUUUGAAAGGACUUUCCGUGCACAUCAGAACUGUGUAGAGUGUUACCCUGUAUUCCUGGUGACUCUGUGGACCUGUGGCAUGUUCUUCAGUGAAGCGACUGCAGCUACAGGAGGACUGCUGUACAUUAUUGCCCGACAAAUCUAUUUUAAUGGAUAUGUCAAGUCCACCAAGAAAAGGUUACCUGGUUUUUACCUGACCGUGGCUGUCUUUGUCACUCUGUCCCUACUGGGUUUUAUUGGAAUACUGCAUGGAAUACAGCAUAAGUACUCUCAUGUCCACUUAUGAAGACAUCAUCUCCACCAAAUCAUGCAGAACAACUAAUUAUCAGAAUCAGAAUCAGAAAAAAAUGUUAUUAAUCCCUGUAGGGAAAUUCUUUUGUUACAUACAAACACCCAAUUGAAAAUGAAGAAAAUUGCAGACAUAGUGUGUACACAAGAGAAAAAAAAUGUUUCUAAAAUAAAUAUAAACAUACUAAAUAAUAUUGCUCCUUACUUCAUGGGUUUUAUUUUAUGCAACUGUUAAAACCACCAUUCAAAUCCUACACAGAGUGGCACAACAACCACAAACCAGAUGUAUAACUGAAGGCAUCUUUACAUUUUUUUACAUUUUUAGGCUGUGACAAAACAGGCAAAGGUCUGGUGGAUUUGUGGUUUGAAUGGUUUUGUGCUAUAAAGAAAAUAAAACAUUCUUGUGUUGAAUCUGUGCCCCCUCUCUGAUUAUAUUUGAAAAAUCAUCACUAAAUAAAAUGCUCUAAAUUUAUU